AUGGCGAUCUCACAAAACCUCCUCCUCCCUCUCCUCCUGUUAACCACCGUCCUCACCGCCUCCCUCCACAACACCACCGCCGACUCCGACGACCUAGUCAUCGAACUUCGCUCCCUCCAAUCCCAAUCCAAAUCCGGCGUAAUCCACUUAAACGACCAAUUAAUCUCCCGUUUCUUAACCUCCACCAAAACCCCACGCCCUUAUUCUCUCCUCAUCUUCUUCGACGCCAAACAACUCCACUCUAAAGCAGAACUCCACCUCCAAGAUCUCCACACCGAAUUCUCCGUCGUAUCCUCCUCCUUCAUCGCCAACAACGACGCGUCCUCUCCCUCCUCCCUCUUCUUCUGCGACAUCGAAUUCAAAGAUUCCCAGAACUCAUUCUCCCUCUUCGGCGUCAACUCCCUGCCCCAUAUCCGUCUUGUAGGGCCCAAUGUCAAGAACCCGAAGGAUUCGGAUCAGAUGGACCAAGGGGAUUUUUCCCGGAUGGCGGAAUCAAUGGCGGAGUUUGUUGAAUCCAGGACGAAAUUAACCGUGGGUCCCAUUCAUCGCCCGCCGAUGUUGUCCAACAACCAAAUCGCUUUCUUGGUUGUGGUUUUCUUGGCAUGGAUUCCGUUUUUCAUCAAGAAAGUUUUGACUAAAGACACGUUUUUGCAUGAUUGGAAGGUUUGGCUGCUCGGCGCGGUGUUUGUUUAUUUUUUCAGUGUUUCUGGUGCUAUGUUUAAUAUAAUUAGGAAAAUGCCGAUGUUUUUGGCGGAUAGAAAUGAUCCGAGUAAGCUGGUGUUUUUCUAUCAAGGGUCUGGAAUGCAGUUGGGAGGCGAAGGUUUCGCGGUCGGGUUUUUGUAUACUAUUGUUGGCGUGUUGUUGGGUGUUGUUACUCACGUUCUUGUGAGAGUGAAGAAUAGGACUGCGCAGCGGGUUGUUAUGGGUGUUGCUUUGGUUGUUUCGUUUUGGGCAGUUAGGAAGGUUAUUUCUUUGGAUAAUUGGAAGACUGGUUAUGGUGUUCAUGCGUUCUGGCCUACGAGUUGGAGUUGA